AUGAUCUGUUGCAUAUGGAUGGCUAUAGCGAUGGUUAUUACAGCUUUUCUUAUAUUCAAAUACGAGGGCUUUCGCCGGGAACUUAGAGGAGAAGGUGGAGAAGGAGGAGAGAAAAAAGAGUGGUCAGGUAAUGUAUAUGAAGAUGAGACAUGGAGACCUUGUCUACGCAAUAUUCACCCAGCUUGGCUUCUUGCUUUUCGAGUUGCUGCCUUCUUUGUUCUUCUCAUUAUGCUUAUCAUUAUUGGCAUUGUUGAUGGACCUACCAUCUUCUUCUACUAUACACAGUGGACUUUUGCUUUGAUUACUCUCUAUUUUGGACUAGGCUCUCUUCUUUCACUGCAUGGAUGUUACCAAUACAACAAAAGAGUGGCUGGUGAUAAAGUAGAUAGUAUUGAGGCUAUGUCCAUAGACUCAGAGAGAGUAAUAUCCAAAGGCCCUGAUCAUACUCUUCAACAGAGUCAAUACUCUAGUAAACCAGCUGGUUUUUGGGGAUAUGUUUUCCAGAUAAUUUUUCAGAUGAAUGCAGGUGCAGUUUUGCUCACUGACUGUGUCUUCUGGUUCAUCCUUGUUCCUUUCCUUGAAAUUCAUGAUUAUAGCCUCAAUGUUCUGGUGAUCAGCAUGCACUCUCUUAACGCGAUUUUCUUGCUUGGUGAUGCUGCUUUGAACUCUUUGAGCUUUCCAUGCUUCAGAAUUGCUUACUUCUUCUUAUGGACAAUAGCUUAUGUUUUAUUCCAAUGGACUCUCCACUCGUUAGUCCAUAUAUGGUGGCCUUACCCAUUCUUGGACUUAGCAUCUCACUAUGCUCCACUAUGGUAUUUCUCGGUAGCAGUGAUGCACUUGCCAUGCUAUGGAGCCUUUAUCUUGUUGGUGAAGCUAAAACAUCGGCUUCUUCAGAGAUGGUUCCCUGAAUCUUACCAGAGUCCUCGGUAG